AUGGGGCACCUGGUAACUUUGGCGACAUGCAACCUGAACCAAUGGGCUCUCGAUUGGGAGGGUAACCGGGAUAGGAUCAUUGAGAGUAUUCGGCAAGCAAAGGCUGCUGGUGCUACUCUAAGAGUUGGUCCGGAGCUUGAGAUUACUGGAUACGGCUGUCUUGAUGCCUUCCUUGAGGGUGAUACCUUCCUCCACUCAUGGGAGAUGCUUGCCCAGAUCAUCGAUCAUCCGGAUUGUCAAGAUAUUGUGGUAGACGUUGGUAUGCCAGUCCGACACAGAAAUGUUCGAUACAACUGCCGCAUCAUUUUCUAUAACCGCAAGAUUGUUCUCAUUCGCCCUAAAAUGUGGUUGGCCAACGAUGGAAAUUACCGCGAAUACCGCCACUUUACCCCCUGGCAGCGCCCCCAAGAGACUGAGGACUACUAUCUCGAACAGAUUGUAGGCAAGAUCACUGGACAGUACAAGGUCCCCUUCGGUGACGCGGUUAUCAGCACAAGAGAUACUUGUCUGGGCUUGGAGACUUGCGAGGAGCUAUUUACCCCCAAUGGUCCUCACAUUCCCUAUGGACUGGCAGGUGUUGAGAUCAUCUCCAACUCUUCCGGCAGCCACCAUGAGCUUCGAAAGCUUGAUACGCGGUUGAAUCUCAUCACUCAGGCUACCAAAUUGAGCGGAGGUAUCUACCUCUAUGCCAACCAGCAAGGAUGUGACGGUGACAGACUCUACUACGACGGCUGUGCCAUGAUCGUCAUCAACGGGGAAAUUGUUGCCCAGGGUUCCCAGUUCUCUUUGAAUGACGUAGAGGUAGUCACUGCUACUGUGGAUAUUGAAGAAGUCCGAACUUACCGAGCUAGCGUCAGCCGUGGCAUGCAGGCAAGCAAGCAAUCACCAUACGAGCGCAUCGAUCUUGACGUUCGACUCUCCCGUCGCCCCGAGGAUGCCGAUCCUAGCCUUACAGUAUCCGAGCCUCGCAAAGCUCGCAUUCAUGCACCAGAAGAAGAAAUUGCUCUUGGACCUGCCUGCUGGCUGUGGGAUUACCUCCGGCGAUGCGGUGUCGCCGGGUUCUUCCUCGCUCUGAGCGGUGGUAUCGACAGCUGUUCCUCUGCACUGAUCGUGCACUCAAUGUGUCGACAAGUCUUGAAGGCUGUCAACGAGGGCAAUGAACAGGUGAUCAAAGAUGUCCGCCGUCUCUGUGCUAAACCCGCGGAUUCGGAUUGGCUUCCCUCCUCCAGCCAGGAGAUUUGCAUGUGCAUCUUCCACACGGCGUACAUGGGUACCCAAAACUCUAGUCACGAGACUAGGGACCGAGCCAAGAGACUUGCUCAGGAUAUUGGCUGCUACCACAUCGACUUCAAUUUCGAUACAGUCGUUACUGCCAUCAUGAACGUUUUCACUGCUGUAACAAGCUUCCAGCCACGCUUCAAGCUCCACGGUGGUGCACCUGCCGAGAACUUGGCUUUACAGAAUGUGCAGGCCCGUAUGAGAAUGGUUUUCUCUUAUUUGUUUGCCUCUCUGCUACCAACUGUCCGUCAGCGUCCCGGUGGGGGUGGUCUGUUGGUGCUUGCAUCGUCGAAUGUGGAUGAAUGUUUGCGAGGCUAUCUUACGAAAUAUGACGCCUCAUCAGCCGAUCUCAACCCCAUCGGCAGUCUCAACAAGGUUGACCUCAAACGGUUCAUCGCCUGGGGCGUUCACGAAUUUGACAUGCCCAUAUUGACCGAGUUCCUGGAGGCUACCCCGACCGCUGAGCUGGAACCCCUGGCAGCCGCACAGUCUGACGAGGUUGACAUGGGAGUCAAGUAUUCCGAGCUGGGUACAUUUGGUUACCUCCGGAAGGUGGCCAAGCUAGGCCCGUGGUCUAUGUAUGAGAAGUUGCUUCACGUCUGGGGCAAUGAGCUCAGCCCUCGUGAGAUCUACGAGAAGGUCCGCCACUUUAGCUUCUACUAUGCCAUUAAUCGCCACAAGAUGACCACGAUCACACCGGCAUAUCACGCACUCGAUUACUCUCCCGAGGAUAACAGACAUGAUCUUCGGCAGUUCCUAUACCCCCCAUUCACAUGGGCAUACAAGAAGAUGCUGGCGAAUGUUGAAUUCUGGGAGUCUAAGGGCUGGACAACUGGCAAGGGACAGAAGAAGAGCGUCAAGGCGGAUUAA